CUCCUCCUUCAAGAAACACAUUGCUCUCUCCAAAUACCAAAACUGAUAUAUUUACUAAAGAACAAGGAAAGAGAUGCUGAAGAUGUUAUCUGUAUUAAGGCGAAACCUCCAAAGUCUUCGGAAAAGCCCGCGUGUUGCUGACGAAAACGCGUUCCCUUCAACCACCGUUAACGGAGGAGAAGGGAGAGAAAACGGCGCGAUGAUGAAGUUUCCGUUAUCGAUCAUGUCAUGCUUCGCAGUUCCACGUGGUAGCAGGACUGAUGGUGUGUGGGUGUCGGGAGAUUACGGAAGGGUCUCGGAGGUUAACCAUCUCAUGGUUUGUGAUGGCAUGAGAUACGCUCUCUUAAUGUAAUUAUCCACUUUUGUCUCUAUACUCUAGCUAGUAGCCUAGUAAUACACCGAUCUUCAUCAAUACCCAUUUGGUUUGCUUCUUCUUUUGUUGAUUAAUGGGUUUAGUAGUUAGUGAAUCUAGCGAGAGAUAUACAGUGAGUUUUCGCCCCCUUUUUUCUUUUCUUGUUGCGUCCAUGAGGCGUUUGUUAAUCCAGAAGAUUUCAUAGGAGUAUUUCACUUUUAUGUCUA